UUCCAUCUCUCUCUCUCUCUCCAUAUCUCUCUCUCCCCCCCUCUCUCAAGCGCAGUUUUGAAUUCCUCCCUGCAAGAUGGAGACUCCUUCAUCGACAAGAAGAGUUACGAGGUCACAGACACUCUCUGCUAUGAACAGCUGUGGCGGCAAGAUUCACUCUUCAUCAAAGAAAGAAGAUGAUACAGGAAACAGUCAGAUGAAAUCGAGGCAAAGGGGCAAUAAGGACAGAUCUGCGCUGAUAGACAUAACGAAUGACUCGCCGAUAGUGGGAGUGGCCAUGCAGACUCCAUCAUCGGACAUGGCGACUAAGAAGAAGAGCAGAAGGAUAAAGAGGACGCCUGGUUCAGGUGAAGCCCUAUUGAGGGGACAAGUCAAAACCCUUUUGCAGAAGGUUGAAGAGGAAGCUGUCCUUACAAAGAUUUCGACUGUCCCUUUCCACCAUCUGGUCAGUUCUCCCAUGGGACUUGUCGCCCCGACCCCAGCCAACACCCCUCAACUUCCAAACUCUGACAUUGUGAUUGCUCCUUCUCCUGCUCUUGAGGAGGAUCAGUUCAUAUCCACUCUGCCCAAACUCGAAAGUUGCUUGAUGAAUGGGGAUCAUCAGGAAGACGAAGUGGGUGGCAUCUGUGAAGGGCUGAAGAGUUUGAACAUAACAAGAUCUUUGCUUCUCGACUUCUCUGAUAAGUCAGAGUCGUCACUGGACUCCUCCCGCUGCUCCUCCGCGGUCACCCACACGGGAGAGGACGACUCUUCGGUCUGGUCGAUGCUGGUCAAUGCAGGCACCACAGACGGAGAUGAUGAUGGUGAUGAACAGGUAUCUUCCUUCAAGGGAGAAGAAGAAGAAGAAGAAGAAGAGAAUAAGAGAGCGGUGGUGGAGUUUGAAGGGAAGCACACGAGAUUUGUAUACGACAGUGAUGGCGAGGAGAUGGUGGAAGAACAGAGUGUAGAUGUGCUGCGUUUGAAGGGAUUGCCCACUCCUCAGGGAAAGCAUUUCAGAUUUGCUGAAGAAGAAGAAGAUUCUUAAACUUGAUUUGGAUCUUAUGGAUUUUGAACAUUUAUGUUGUUUUCUUUCUCAGUCACGAAGCCGUGAUUGGCACAAAAAAUAACAAUUUUUUUUUUGUCUUUGAUAUUAUUCGUAAUCGCAUGUUCUUCCACCCUUUAACUCGGAAUGCCAACUCUCGCCGAAAUAAAAUUCGGAGUAUUCUCUGUC